CGCGGCUCCGGUGCCAUGAACUUCCAGGCGGGCGGGGGGCAGAGCCCUCAGCAGCAGCAGAGCUUGGCGGCUCCGGGGGCCGGCGGCGGCGGCGGCGGCGCGGGGGGCGGCGGGCAGUUCGGCGGCGCGGGGCCCGGGGCCGGGGGCGGCGGCCCCUCGCAGCAGCUGGCCGGUGGGCCCCCCCAGCAGUUCGCGCUCUCCAACUCGGCGGCCAUCCGGGCCGAGAUCCAGCGCUUCGAGUCGGUCCAUCCUAACAUCUACGCCAUCUAUGAUCUGAUCGAGCGCAUCGAGGAUUUGGCGCUGCAGAACCAGAUCCGGGAGCACGUCAUCUCCAUCGAGGAUUCAUUUGUGAACAGUCAGGAGUGGACCCUGAGCCGCUCUGUGCCGGAGCUUAAAGUGGGCAUAGUGGGGAACCUGUCUAGUGGGAAGUCAGCCCUGGUGCACCGCUAUCUGACAGGGACCUAUGUCCAGGAGGAGUCCCCUGAAGGGGGUCGGUUUAAGAAGGAGAUUGUGGUGGACGGCCAAAGUUACCUGUUGCUGAUCCGAGAUGAAGGAGGCCCCCCUGAGCUCCAGUUCGCUGCCUGGGUGGAUGCGGUGGUGUUUGUGUUCAGCCUGGAGGAUGAAAUCAGCUUCCAGACAGUGUACAACUACUUCCUGCGGCUCUGCAGCUUCCGCAAUGCCAGCGAGGUGCCCAUGGUGCUAGUGGGCACACAGGACGCCAUCAGUGCCGCCAAUCCCCGCGUCAUCGAUGACAGCAGGGCCCGCAAGCUCUCCACAGACCUGAAGCGCUGCACUUACUACGAGACGUGCGCUACCUACGGGCUCAACGUGGAGCGCGUCUUCCAGGACGUGGCCCAGAAAGUGGUGGCCUUGCGGAAGAAGCAGCAGCUGGCGAUCGGGCCCUGCAAGUCCCUGCCCAACUCGCCCAGCCACUCGGCCGUGUCCGCUGCCUCCAUCCCAGCCGUGCACAUCAACCAGGCCACCAAUGGCGGCAGCAGCGCCUUCAGCGACUACUCGUCCUCCGUCCCCUCAACCCCCAGCAUCAGCCAGCGGGAGCUGCGCAUCGAGACCAUCGCUGCCUCCUCCACUCCCACGCCCAUCCGCAAGCAGUCCAAGCGGCGCUCCAACAUCUUCACGUCUCGAAAAGGUGCUGACCUGGACCGGGAGAAGAAGGCUGCAGAGUGCAAGGUGGACAAUAUCGGGAGCGGCAGGGCCAUCCCCAUCAAGCAGGGGAUACUGUUGAAGCGGAGUGGCAAAUCCCUGAACAAGGAGUGGAAGAAGAAGUAUGUGACGCUUUGUGACAAUGGGCUGCUCACCUACCAUCCCAGCCUGCACGAUUACAUGCAGAACAUCCAUGGCAAGGAGAUCGACCUGCUGCGGACAACGGUGAAAGUGCCAGGGAAGCGCCUGCCCAGAGCCACACCUGCCACAGCCCCGGGUACCAGCCCGCGAGCCAAUGGGCUGGCCAUGGAGCGAAGCAGUACACAGCUGGGUGGGGGCACAGCCAGUGGCCCAGCUGAGGUGCUCAGUUCCAGCCCCAAGCUGGAGCCUCCCCCAUCUCCCCACUCCAACCGGAAGAAGCACCGUCGGAAAAAGAGCACCGGGACCCCCCGACCAGACGGCCCCAGCAGUGCUGCUGAAGAGGCAGAGGAGUCCUUUGAGUUUGUGGUGGUGUCCCUCACCGGGCAGACGUGGCACUUCGAGGCCUCAACGGCGGAGGAGAGGGAGCUGUGGGUGCAGAGUGUACAGGCCCAGAUCCUGGCCAGCCUGCAGGGCUGCCGCAGCGCCAAGGACAAGACCCGCCUGGGGAACCAGAAUGCAGCCCUCGCGGUGCAGGCCGUGCGCACGGUGCGAGGCAACGGCUUCUGCAUCGACUGCGACGCCCCCAACCCCGACUGGGCCAGCCUGAACCUGGGCGCCCUGAUGUGCAUCGAGUGCUCAGGAAUCCACCGGCACCUGGGGGCUCACCUGUCCCGGGUCCGCUCCCUGGACCUCGACGACUGGCCACCUGAGCUGCUGGCUGUCAUGACUGCGAUGGGCAAUGCACUGGCCAACAGCGUCUGGGAGGGGGCCCUGGAUGGCUACGCAAAGCCCGGGCCUGAAGCCUGCAGAGAGGAGAAGGAGCGCUGGAUCCGGGCCAAGUACGAGCAGAGGCUCUUCCUGGCCCCGCUGCCGAGCUCGGACGUGCCACUGGGGCAGCAGCUGCUCCGGGCCGUGGUGGAGGAUGACCUGAGGCUGCUGGUGAUGCUGCUGGCCCACGGGUCCAAGGAGGAGGUGAACGAGACGUACGGGGACGGGGACGGGAGGACGGCUCUGCACCUGUCCAGUGCCAUGGCCAACGUGGUCUUCACACAACUGCUUAUCUGGUACGGGGUGGACGUGAGGAGCCGGGACGCGCGGGGCCUGACCCCACUGGCCUAUGCCCGCCGGGCCGGCAGCCAGGAGUGUGCAGACAUCUUGAUCCAGCACGGCUGCCCUGGGGAGGGCUGUGGCUUAGCACCCACCCCCAACAGAGAGCCGGCCAGCAGUACCAACGCCUCUGCUGAGCUGCACCGCAGCCCCAGCCUCCUGUGAGGCCCAGGAAGAAGGCAGAGAGGCCAGAAGGACUUCGUGGCUUGGGACCCUCCUCCCUGCAGGCACUGGGGGAAGCGGGCACAUAGCCAGAGAAGCAGGGACACGCAGCCAGGAUGAGAGGAGGGAGAAGUCAAAGGGAUCCGAGGAGCGGUCUGGGGUUCGAGCUGCAGCAGAGGGAGGGAGCUCGGUGCUCAGCCCUCUGCCCUGCAGGGCCCCUGAGAAGGGACGGACCCUUUGGAGGUGCCUGUGAGGAGAGGGGGGCGGGACCUCUCCCUCCUCCAGACCCCUGCCUCCUAGUGCCAGCCCCCACAAGCACAGGGCACAGGAUGGGGGUGCUGGAUGAAAGAGACAAGAGGGUGAUCUGUGAGUCCCAUGUAAAAUUUGUACAUUGGAAUAUUUAUGUUUGUGUACAUACUUGGUGAGCGUGUAUGAGGAGCCAAUAAACCAGACGUGUGUGGCCCUGA